GAGUCAACACAGAAGAAACUGAGGAAACUUUCAGUUUGCCCUGCAGCCUGAAGCUAUCAAGUCAGAGUUAGGAACCUGCAGUCAGGAAACCAUAAUCUUCCCACACUGACAUCAUGUCCCAGCACGCAGCUUUGACCAGCUUAUUCGGCGAUGACCCUUUCUUCAGCCAGGAGCAGCUGCUGUGGCCGCUGAAUCUUGGGGCCCUGUCAUCCCUCCAGCGAGACUUCUUCAACCAGAGAGCCAAGCUGGCUGAUAGCCUCCUGAGGGAGCUCCAUGAUGGACCCCAGCUGCUCAAACUCAAGCACAGGGUGAGUGAUGAUGAAGACCAGCAGAGAGAGCUUUCCACCACAGAGGCACACAAGGAAGUACAGCAGGCCAAAGAAAACAACAGUGACCUCCUGGUGACCCUAGACGCCCGUGGUUACGCCCCCAGUGACAUCACUGUCAAGCUGGAAGGCCGGUGUCUGGCGGUUGUGGCCAUGAAGCAGGCUGGAGCAGAAGAGAGCCAGUCCUGCUCCUCCUCAUCCUCUUGCGCCUCCUUCUGCUCCUCUGCCUCUUCUCAGGCAGGGUUCGUCCAGAAGAUCGACCUGCCUCCUCACCUGGAUCUGUCCGGCCUCUCCUGUUCCCUGAUGGAUAAUGGACAGCUGCGUAUCCAUGCCCCGGUGGCCAAGCAAGCGGUCGGCGAGGAGCAGCAGGUACCCAUUCGUUUCAAGACAUCGCUGGAGUUUCCUAUCAAAAAGGACAACACAGAGGAAGAACAAGGAGACUAAAUCACACAACACACCCCACACACACUGCCUGAACAAAAGCACAUUUUUAAUGAAUGUCUUUAUGCACACACUUUCCCCAAAAAAGACUCUACAAUGAGUAAAGUUUACAGUUGUUAGAUGAAGACAAUAUUUAUUUUAUAACAAUGUGCAAUUUGUAUAAACUGUAAAAAUGAAAUAAAGUGUCAAAAGGAGGAUUUAAUAUGU